UCCUCCUCCUAGCGUGUUUCAUGGUUACUUUACUGGCAACAGCUACCACGCAGGAGAUAUGAUCACCCUAAAUUGCAACACGGGUUACUACAUUCCUGGAGGCAGAAAUAUAUUUCGUUGCUCAGUGGCAGGUGUUUGGAGUGAACGAACGAGAAUGAUUUGUUUCGCUGUAAGUUGUGGACAACCACCUGCUAUACAAAAUGGAAAUUUUAUUGGUGCAAAAUUUCAUUUUCAAAACCACGUCAUGUAUUCUUGUAACACCGGUUACAAGAUACGAGGUUCCAAAUCUUCCAUUUGUUUAGCUAAUGGAACAUGGAGCGGUCAAACGCCAACUUGCACAGCGUCUGCUUCAAAGAUACAGGCUUUUCACGAUUCUUCAGAAGCACAAAAACUAGUAAAUGCUUUCCAAAAUUCAUUUUAUGACAAAUUUGCGACGUUUACUGAAGAAGCAAGGCCUCCACCAGGAUCUGUUUCCAGAUCAGCACGUCCCAUUGACAACGUUUUAGCUUUGGACUUGAUUUUUGCUUUGGAUACUUCAGGAAGUGUUGGCCGAAAGAGUUUUCGUUCGGUAAAAACAUUUGUAGUGAGCGUGGCAAAAGAAUUUGUGAUGGAUCAACAGUCAACAAAUAUGGGAGCUCUUGCGUUUGGCAACAGCGUGUAUCUUAUUUCCAAUUUGACGCAUUCUAAAGCUAAUUUCAUUAAAGCAGUACAUCAAUUCGAAUUCAAGCAUGGAAUGACAAACACAACUGAAGCUUUAGUACGCGUUAAUAAAAUGUUUAUCGCAAGUAGUCGAGACAAAAGUAGACUAAAGCGAGUACUUAUUUUGAUCACUGACGGCAAAUCAAAUGGAAAUAAACGAAGACCGGAAGAGGUGGUCCCAAGUUUGGCGAAACAUUCUGUAGAAAGAUUUGUAUUUGGUGUGGCAGAAACUAAUUUAUCAGAGCUUAUAGCAAUUUCAUCACCUCCUUCUGACACCCACGUCUUUAAUGCAAAAGACUUUUCUGUAUUUAAAAAAUUUGCUGAAGCUAUUACACCAAAAAAACUAGAAAAUCUCUGCGGAAUAGCUGGAGCACCAGGAUUUCAUGCACGAAUAAUAAACGGAGAAUAUUCUAAUCACGGAGCUUGGCCAUGGCUUGCUGCUAUCUACAUAAAAUCACCGCUUACUCAAAAUAUUAAAUUGGAAUGUGGCGGUACUCUGAUAAACAGACGAUGGAUCAUCAGUGCAGGUCACUGCCUCUAUCUGCACAAAAGCAAUCCAAGUAUAAUUACAGUAAAGCUUGGAGAUUUCUUUCGUAACGAAAUCGAUCCUUAUGAGCAAACCUUUGAAGUGGAAUCAAUGGAAUUUGGAGGAAACUCGACGCAAGGUUACAGUUACCACACAUCAGAUAACGACCUUGUUCUUAUCAAGUUAAGCCGCAAUGUCAACUACAAUAAAUACGUGAGGCCAAUAUGCUUGUUGGAAGAAAAGCACCGCAAUCCAUCAUUGACUUCUCCUGGUAAACUCGCUACGAUUGUUGGAUGGGGAUACUAUAGGGAGAGCCAAAAAUUUCCUGCUAAUAGUCCAAUGGAAGCUACAAUUCAUAUUCUAGACACGUCUGAAUGCAAAGGUCAAUUUGGCAGCACAAGACUGACUUCUGAUAUGCUCUGUGCAAAAGGGAACCUUAGCGACGCUUGUCCUGGAGACAGUGGAGGUCCAAUGAUGUGCCAAUCUGAUGUUGAUAAUCGCUUUACUCUCUGUGGAAUAAUCAGCUUUGGAAAGUUGCCAACUUGUCAAGAAGGAUCAUACGGCGCAUACACGAAAGUGUUCAGCUAUGUCAAUGCAAUCAAGACUAAGAUAAACAAUUAGUAGUAAACUCUGUGACGCAUUGCGACUGUCUAUAUUGCAUUGCUUCUUUGCUGACCUAUGGUCUGUGCCAAAGUGCAAACUUUAGUCUUGUUUGUUUGUUGUUUGCCAAACAUCCCUAAUCCGGAAAGAAUGGCACCAGCCGCUGUCUGGAAUUUAGAAAUGUCCAGUAGGUAGAUAGCUAACGCGCGUUAUAUCUGUGGAAUCCCAGACCAUUUAAUGUGCUAAAUAUCAUACCAG